AUCGAAUAGGUAAUUUCAGUAUACCAGUAUAUAGGUGGCGUUCAAACAAUUUGGGAAACGUUAAGAGAAUUUAUUAUGAACAAGUUUGAAGUAAUGUAUCAAUGUCGAAGUUAACUGGAUAUACAAGACAAUGACGGGGCCGAAACAAAACUGAAAUUGAGGGAUGGAAAGAGUGCACUGUACGGUGCACCGUCAGGCGCUAUGGAUCUUGUGUUUCCACGUCGUUUGCUGUUUGUCGUUCGUCGCAGAAAACAUCACGACGACAGAAACUUCGAUGGAUGUAAAUUUAAUCAAUGAAAAUCAUCAUCAACACGAAGUUGGAUCGAAAUGGUCGCCGUUGUUUGAGGAUGGUCCUGGGCCCGUCAACGUCACCGCCCGUAUUGGUUCUACAGUGCAAUUGAACUGUAAAAUCCAACUACUUUACGAUAAAACGGUUACAUGGGUUCAUCGAAAAUCAGACGAUAUACAGCUACUUACUGUGGGCCGUCAAGUGCAUAGCUCAGACCAGAGGAUAUCAUUGAGCUUCAGAUAUCCUAAUAACUGGAGACUUCAAAUCGUCUAUAUAACUGAUAGAGACGAUGGGGUGUACGAGUGUCAAGUAGCAACACACCCACCAACCACCAAGAAAACAUACCUUAGGGUCGAUGUGCCUACGGUACGCAUGUCAGUAACCGGUACCGGUGAUGUGACAAGAGGCGGUAGUGACGUUUUCUACAAGACUGGUAGCACUCUAGAGAUCGUGUGCAAAGUCGUCCACGCUGGUAGCAACAACGGGUCUAAAGUAUCGUGGUACAAGGGACCUCAAACGAUUUCGACCGGAAUCACCGAAAGAACCAGCAAUGAUUCUAGUUAUACGACAAUCGUGUCCAUUCUGAAAAUCAAACAUGUACAGAAAACACAUUCGGGCAACUAUACGUGCUUGGUUGGAUCACCGUCUGCAUCAGCGGCUGUGACUAUUCAUAUACUUAAUGGAGAACAACCGGCAGCGGUGCACGACGGCAAUUCGGGUCCUCUGGUGUGCUGCGUAGCCGGCUGGUGGCUGCUGACUCUGUGCUGUCUGGUGCUGUCCAGUUGAUUCCCCGGUCCCGUGCAGUAAACAGUGACACCAGAGUCCAAAACACCUGCACAGCGAUCACGCCGCCUCAUUAUAUUUACGAGUAUAUGCUCGUCGAUCGCGCAACAACAAUAGUCAUUAUUACCUGCGCAGAAUAAAGAUUGUUUUGCGACGAAUCGUUCAGGAUGCCGAUGUAAGAUCGACAACUUACACCACAGACUGUUUUGCCAACACGCCAAAAAACGAAAUUCCGAAAUACUUUUAUAUUGUUGAGCGUUUGUGUGUGUGUGUGUGUGUGUGUGUUUGUGUGUAUGUGUAUACGUAGAUAAAUGUUAGAGUGUCCCAAUAGAUAUAUUGUAAGUACAAUAGAACCUCAAUAAUCCAAACCCCGUUACAUCGAAACUCGCUUAAUCCGGAAAACUAUUUAAAGCUGUUUUCAUGCUUACUGUAGAAUAAACCAUGAUAAUAUUCAAUUUCACAUCUGCUGUCAAAGAUUCAAAAUCAUCAACUAUUUUAUUAACUCAUGGAAGAAACUUUUAAUAAAUAAAUAGAUUGAGCCUAAUAUUUCUGAGUUAGAAACAAAUUAUUUUCACAACACUUUCCGCCAAGGUAGUGAAAACUUAGCUACACUGAAAAACAUCGUGUUGUGGUUAAAAGCAGAGGAUAUCGUUAAAAGCGUGAUUGCUGCAGAAUCGGAUGAGUAUGAUUAAAAUGAAGCAGACACAAAGCCAAAACUUAGUGAAAUUAAAGGUCACCUAAACAUUGUCAUUAAAUAAGUUAAAGAUAACAACAAUAAAAACAUAUCAGUAUAUUACAAACAUUUGAAAUAAUAAUUGUGUGAGUUAAUUAAUAAAAGAAUUAAUGAGAAAGGAAGACAACUUUAGAUCAGCAGUUUUUCAAAUCAGUAUAAUGAUUAUAUGACAUGUAUAUACUAAAUAAUUGUUUUAUAGGGCCUAAUUAUAUGAUGUAUCUUGUAUAUUUUAUUCUUAAAUCUAUAAUAGACAUAUUUUGGUCAUUUUAUUUAAUCCGGAUUUUCAUUAAACCGGUCAACCAAGAGCCCCCUAAUUAGUCUGGAUUAAUGAGGUUCUACUAUACUGCGUACAACGUGUUUUUAGCGAUAUUGGGUUGAAUUUAUUUUUUUUUACACUGUUGCACGUCGGUGAUUAUUACAAUUAUCUCUACUUAUUUGUAUGAUAAAAUAUAUAUUGUAUAAUAUCAACUCUGCAGUCACUCUAUAAUCUGUAAUAUAAUUACAACAGUAUAAUUACACUUCUAAACACCGUGUUAGAGUGUUCGUAGGUGCUGUAAAUUAUAAAUUGUGAAAAAUAAAUCAAAAUGACAAAUGUAAUACCUAUACUCAAGUUAUAUUCAAUAGUCAAAAAACUUUCGAACGAUGUACGUUUCGGCGCCUGUAAAUGUAAAUCGAAGGAUAUUUGUCGUAGUAUCGUAUUUUAUCAAAUUAUUAAUCGCUUUUGUUAGCGAAAAUAUUUCACGCAUGAAAUUUCAGACGAGAUAACAAUAAAAUUUACCAAUGUACCUACCUAGAUAGAAAGGUAGUACACGUUAAAAUGCAACGACGAUGAUAUAUUUUAUCUCGAUUCACAGUAAUACUUGACGAUUUAUGUAGACUUUAAAACUUGUAACUACGCUCACGUGCAGUUUAUCGCAUACGUCAAAGGAUCAAUUUCGCGUAUAUAGUAUAUUAUACUCAUACACUCGAUUUCGCAUGUAACUGAUAAUAUAAAAUUUAGUUCUCCCAAAAGAAUCUGAAACACAUAAUAUUCAAGUCUGUUUAAUAAUUAUCAUCAUGUAAGAAAUAGCAUUCUUGAUGAUUGUCAUAAUCAGUACUUUUCAUAAACAUGAGCCAAAAACAAAAUUUUAGAAAAUUUUUACUAUUUCAAAAACAAAGACUUGACAUUUUUAUUUUAAUAAUGACUAAAAUUUAAAGACUAAAUAAUAUUCAACAGCAUUUUCUAUAAAAUCAUCGUACGAAAUAAUAUUUGUCUCGUAGUUUGUAUACCAUCUGAUACCAAAAUCGAAAAGACCCUGGCACCUACUCCCCAAAUUUUUAUUACAAGGUACAUCGACACCAUAAUAUGGUCCAAAUGUGUACCUAACUAGUAGUUAUCAACAGGUAAAAAGUACGGAUUCGAUUUUGAUAUGUUCGACGUUCGUUAUUGGUCUAUUCUAUCAUUUUUAUAUUUUAAUGGUGAAGUACUAAAGUUUAUCAUAGAUACACCUGAGUGUGCUCUUUUUAAUAUUUUCAACUUAAGUACCUACCAUAUGUUUACAAAGUUUUACAGUAUCCUUUAUACGAUUUAUCAAUUUCUAGUAGGUAUAGAUGUCUUCCUCAAAGUGUAUCUAUCUGAUAUAAAUCCUAAAAAAUAUCCGUUAUGACUACUUUAAUAAUCUGAUGUUGUUGAUAUUCUACCUAUAUUCUUAUGUAAUUAUAAAUGUAAUACAUUAAUAAUUACCGUAUUUCAUAAUAUUCAACUAGGU